UCUGUCUUCUUGCCUCAUUGUGCUGUUGGUCUUGCAGGCAGGAUGGGUUUAGGAGUGAGGAGCUACUGUAGUUGGCUGUUGCUUUUGGCCCUGGUUUAUGGACCAGGGUUUGGAUGUAGUGGGGAUGGAGCCUUGGUGAGACAUAGGCGCCAAUCAGACUGGUGGAGGAAUAACCAGCGGGUUGUACCUGGCCAGAGCCAGGGGUCUUCUAGAGGGGGUUCUGGAGGGAUUUACUCAGGCACUAAUGCAGUAUAUGGGGUUGGGGCUUCUAGAGGUGGGGCUCAGAGGGGUUCAACAGGUGGACGUGCUGGUGGGAUGCUCCGCCAGCAGCCCCCGACUGUAAUUUCAUCCAGUUCCCCCAUCAGUGUCCAGUGUGAAGAGGACCGCAUGGUGGUCAGUGUCAUGAUGGAUUUUUAUGGGAAUGGAAAGCUAGUGAAAUCUUCUGAUCUGAGCCUGGGACCCCAAGGCUGCAAGCCGAACACCCAAAGUGCUGAUGAAGUUAUCUUUCAGAUUAGUCUCCAGGACUGUGGCAACACUGUGCAGAUGAUGCAAGACUGGGUGAUCUAUGCUACCAACUUGACCUACAGCCCAACCUCCUCCAUUCCAAUCAUCAGAACCAACCCAGCAGUGGUUCCCAUAAUGUGCUACUACUACCGGCAUGCCAAUGUGAGCAGCAAAGCCAUUGAACCAACAUGGGUUCCAUUCAGCACCACAGUGUCCUUAGAAGAGAGGCUGUCCUUCUCCUUGAGGCUAAUGACUGAGGACUGGAGUGGCCCUAGAAGUUCUCCCAUCUAUCAGCUUGGAGAUAUCCUCUACAUAGAGGCCUCUGUGGACACUCAGAACCACGUUGGACUGCUCCUGUAUAUUGACCGAUGUGUGACCACCAUAUCUCCUGAUCCCACCUCUUCUCCUAGUUAUGGCCUCAUUGAAGAAAAUGGCUGUCUAGUUGAUGGAAUGCAAGAUGACUCCUCUUCAGCCUUCAUCACCCCGAGGGUUGAGCCAGACAAGCUCCAGUUCACAGUGGAUGCUUUCCGAUUUCAUGGAAAUGAUGCCUCUCUGAUCUACAUAACCUGUUACCUGAGAGCUGCUGCCACCACCCAGGUCCCUGAUGCCAUGAACAAGGCCUGUUCCUAUAGCAAAGCCACACAAGGCUGGUCUGCAGUUGAGGGCCCCAGCAGUAUCUGCCAGUGUUGUGGUACAGGCACCUGCAGCAACCCUACUGGUCUGGUUUCCGGAGGAAGGGGCAGAUUUGGAAGACCAAGAGGCAAGAGGGACGUCUUGGAUGAACCCCACACAGAAGAGGGACAAACUGUGACCACUCUGGGACCUCUGCUUGUGAUUGGACCUUCACAAAGGGAUGUUACGGCUGCAGUGAUGAGGGAAGAGUCUGCCCCUGCGGAGCUCUGGGUGUUGGUGGCUGUCGGAUGUCUUAGUCUUCUUGUUGUCAUGGUGUGUGCAGUGUUCAUUGGGAAAUCUCUGAAAAAGCCACAGUAUGUGCUGUCUGUGGAAAAAUAAAAAUACAUUUAAUCAUCGUC